AUGACGGCGGAUUCGGCUGAGCCCGUGCACACGUCUCCCUCUCUCCGGUUCGAGCGCGACGCGGAUCUGACCGAGCGGGACGGCAGCGAGCGCGUGUUCAUCAACGUGUCCGGACUGCGCUUCGAGACGCAGCUCAAGACUCUCUCCCGCUUCCCGAACACACUCCUGGGUGACCCGCACAAACGCACCCGUUUCUUUGACCCGCUCCGAAACGAGUACUUCUUCGACCGGAACCGACCCAGCUUCGACGCCAUCCUGUACUACUAUCAAUCCGGCGGGAGGCUCCGCCGACCCCUGAACGUACCGGUAGAGAUUUUCAUGGAGGAGAUCAAGUUUUACGAGAUCGACGAGGCCGUGAUACAGGGCUUCAUCGAUGAUGAAGGGCUUAGCAAGGAGAAGGAGCGCCCGAUGCCCACCAACGAGUUCCAGCGGCAGGUUUGGCUCCUGUUCGAGUAUCCCGACAGCUCGCGAGCAGCCCGAAUGAUCGCCAUUGUGUCAGUGAUGGUCAUCUUGAUAUCGAUCGUCAUCUUCUGCUUGGAGACGUUACCAGAAUUCAGAGGUUCCGGCGAUGUGCUGAGCGGACAGGCACCUGUUAACGGGACAACUGAAGAACGCUGGAAUGGCAUCUCGUUCACGGACCCGUUCUUCCUGCUCGAGACGCUCUGCAUCGCGUGGUUCUCCUUCGAGAUGUUCAUGAGGUUCAUGUCGUGUCCGAGCAAGUCCGCGUUCUACAAGGACAUCAUGAACACCAUCGACAUCAUAGCAAUCGUUCCGUACUUCAUAACUCUGGGUCUGGAGCUUGCAGAGCACCGAGGGAACGCGCAGCACGCCGCGUCCCUGGCCGUGCUCAGAGUUAUCCGCCUCGUGCGCGUCUUCCGUAUUUUCAAACUCUCGCGGCACUCGAAGGGACUUCAGAUCCUGGGCCGGACUCUGCACGCCAGCAUGCGCGAGCUGGGACUGCUCAUCUUUUUCCUCGUCAUUGGCAUCGUCCUGUUCUCCAGCGCGGUCUUCUUCGCUGAGGUGGACGACCCCGGGACGAGCUUCACCAGCAUCCCGGAGUCGUUCUGGUGGGCUGUGGUUACCAUGACUACAGUGGGAUACGGCGACAUGAGUCCCGUCACGUUCGGUGGUAAAAUCGUUGGUUCGAUGUGUGCGGUGGCCGGUGUGCUCACUAUUGCCCUGCCUGUACCUGUCAUCGUGUCCAACUUCAGCUAUUUCUACCAGCGGGAAAAUAACGAGGAUGAUCACAACACCUACACGCAUGUAACCUGCGGGUGUCCCGUGGCCUCGUUUGAUGAAAACAGCAUGCCUAAAAGUGGAAGCAUAUUCACACCCGUUAAAUCAGUGUGCUCGGGGAAUAAUAAUGAUAAUAAUGAUGAUGACUUUAAUUUCUCCGUCUACUGUAAUUUUAAUCUGCAUGAAUACACAGGGAAGCUGACAGAUGUGUGAGCACCCAAAAAACAAACAAACAACCAAACAGCAUUUUGAGAGUGGAAUUAGAGCAGAGGUUCUCAAAGUGGGGUCUGGGUUCCCCGGGGUCAGUUAAAGCAUAGCUUUAUAUAUAGGGUCAUAUUUUUUUAUUAUUUAAAAAUUUAUUUUGUUUUAGUGGUUAUUCUCAGUGGUAGAAAUAAAAGUCCACCGUUAUCAAACCUGACAAUAAAUCCAGUUUAGUCUGAGCAACCACCAACACAACAGCAAUGAAUAAGGCAAUUAGAACAUUUUUUGAAAAACAUUUCAAAAUUUUGUAAUAUAGCCUAGGUAAACGAUGCACAUGCACCCGGCCAUCCACAUGAUGUAAAAGAAAAUGUGAUUCAUCAGGCCACUUUCUUCCAUUGCUCCAUGGUUCAGUUCUGAUGCUCACAUGCCCAUUGUACGCACUUUCUGCAGUGAAAAAUGGGUCAGCAUGGGCACUCUGAUCGGUCCACUCAACAAGCUGUGAUUCACUGUGUGUUCUGGUACUUUUCUAUCAUAAUCAUCUCUAUCAUGAUCUCCUCUAUCAUUAAUG